GCAAACAGAAUCACCCAGCUAGUGUGCCCAGGGUUAAUUAAUUAUUAAGUAUCUGAGGCUAGCAAUUUGAACUCAGAUGAUUCUUCCUUACUCCAGGCUUAGAACUUUAUCCAUGGGGCCACCUACCUGCCCUAUAUAGAUAUUAGGCACUUCAUAAAUUAAUUUUUGAGAUGGGGGAGGGAAUUGGAGUUAAGUGACUUGCCCAGGGUCACACAACUAAUAAGUGUUUGAGGUCACAUUUGAACUCAGGACCUCCUGACUCCAAGGCUGGUGCUCUGUCCACCAUAUUGAUUAAUUCCCCUUUUCUUCCUCUUCUUUCUUUCCUCCCCUUCUUCCUCUUUCCUUUGCCUUUCCUUUUUUUUUUCUUUUCCUUCUCAGCUGCUUCUGCUGAUGUAAUGCAUUAAUAUAGAUUUGCUUUGCUCCUCAGGAUUCCCUGGCUCAGCCCCAGCCCUGGUGGAAGAUCCAACUGUUCGUUUGGGAGCCAGUGCUUUUUGGAACAUGGGAUGGUGUAUUCACAUCCUGUAUGAUCAACAUCUUUGGUGUUGUCCUUUUUCUCAGGACUGGCUGGCUGGUGGGCAACACCGGGGUGCUCAUGGGCAUGGUCUUGGUCUCCUUCGUCAUCCUCGUUGCCCUGCUGACGGUCGUGUCCGGCAUCGGUGUCUCGGAGCGCUGCAGCCUUGGCAGCGGGGGCGUUUACUCCAUGAUCUCUUCUGUCCUCGGUGGGAAGCUCGGAGGCACGUUUGGCCUGCUCUACGUGUUCGGUCAGAGGAGGAAACCAACCAACCCUUCCAAAUAAGCUUCAUUGACAAGACCUAGAGAUGCUGUCAAUCCUUGGUGGAUCAUCCCAGUUCAGCACAGACCCCUGUGGGGUAUAGAAGGUCCCAAGGGCAGAGAGAGGAAACUACAAACCAAAAAUACCCCAUGGGAGGAGAAAAAACCCCAAAUUGACAAAAAUUUGAGAAAUGGUGGCACAUGUGAAAAUAGAGUUGCUUCCAUGUGCAUAAUAAAGAUAUAGACAAAUGAACAUUGUCUUUUAAAAUUUAAUUUUUCAAUUAAUAAGUUUUUAUUUUCUCUACUUCCUAAACUUCACAAUUAAAAAGAAAAAAAAUACAAUAAAUAUACAUGUUCCAGCAAAAAAAAAAAAAAAAAAAAACAAAAAAAAAACCAUUGGCCAUGUUAAAAAAUACUAUGUCUCAUUCACCUCAUUAUAUCUCAUUCUUCAUUUUGAAUCCAUAGUCUCUCUGUCAGGAAGUGAGCAACAUGCUUCAUCACAGGUCCUCUGGAAUCAUUAUUGGUUAUUGACUGGAAUCCUUAAUGCUUUCAAAAUUGUUCAUCUUGACAAUAUUUUUGUUAUUGUACAAACCAUCUUGCUGUUUUUACUCACUUCACUCUGAAUUUGUUCAUACAAAUCUUCCCAACUUUUUCUGAAAGCCCAUUUCAUCAUUCUUUUUUUUUUUUCCUGAAGCAAUCUGGGCUAAGUGACUUGCCCAGGGUCACACAGCAGGAGUGUUAAGUGUCUCAGAUCAGAUUUGAACUCAGGUGUUCCUGACUUCAGGGCUGGUGCUCUAUUUACUGCAUCACCCAGCUGUCCUUAUUUCACCAUUCUUCAGGAUUAAUAAUAGUCCAUUAUAUUCCUACUUCAUAUUUUAUUCCCCUAUUCCCCCAGUUGAUGGACACUCCUUUAGUAGCUAGCUCUCAGCCACUACAAAAAUGAGUUACUACAAAUAUUUUUGUAUAUAUAGGUCUUUGUCUUUUUCUUUUCUUUUUUUUUCUUUUUGAUCUCUAUUAUAGGUCUAGUAGAAGUAUGUCAGGGUUAAAAGAUAAGUCAGCUCAGUAAUUUCAAGCACUUUUUAUGAGUUGCUAAUUCUAGCCCGGGAGGAGAUCCUAUCAACUUUCUAGGCAGUUCUGUUUCCUUCCUUAUUGGUCUUUCCAGAUGAAUAUAAUUCCUUGUCACAAAUUUCUUCUGUGUAAGAUCCUUAGGACCAGAAGAAUUUCUGAGUCAGGGUCAGAAUAUCAUUUGGUAGCUUCCUUAUUUAUCCUGGAUAAAUGAUCUCCCCAUGCUGGGAGCUUUCUUUAAAGUAUUUUCCAACUGCAUAAUCCAAAGAGUUUCUUAAAAGUGCUUUGAUGUAAGUAUAGAAAAAACUAUGCAAACCUGCAGUUUUCCCUCUGGGGGUUGAUCCACAUAUAUAAGGCCUAUGGCUGUCUUGAAGCAUUAAUCAUGGACUGAGGGAGGUUUGCCACUCAAGAUGUGAGAAAAAUUGUGCUUGUGGUUGCAAAAACUAAACUGGGCUUAGAAUGAAAUUAAAUGUAAUAAUGGAAAAAACGGCGAUGCUAAUUUUGGAAAAGAGAUAACUUUUUAUCCUCUAAAACAGUACCAGUGUAAUAUGUUCAUCAAUCUCCUCCCCAUUUUUACUCUUCAUCUUACAGAAUAGGAAUAUAAGAGGUUUUUUUUUUCCUGUUGCAAAUGAAGAAUUGAGUUCAUAAAAUUUAUAUGGGAUACAUAUGCUAAAUGAUAAGGGAUCCUUCAAAGACCUAUAUAAUAGCGAAUGUACUCUCAGAGAAUUUACAGUCUAAUAGUCCAGGGUUGGGAGACAGAGAAAAAUACUUUUAAAAUAAUUGUAAUUCUAAGUAGCAUUU